GGGCAGAGAAGGCCAUUGCCUUUCUUCUUCCCUGAACUUCGCACUUCGAAGAAAACUUCCACUUACAAUAACAGUAACAAUGGCGUCCCUUCAGAACUCCCCAACAAUUCACCGGACCCUCUUCCAUAGCUCUUUCCCUCAGCUACAGAAGAAUGGUCAUUUUCGUUCCUGUAGAAGAGAAAGCAUUUCGUUCAUAGUUAAGGCUGCCCAUUCAUCACUAAAAACCAUUUCCCCUACAGAAAUGCCAGGAAGACGCCAAAUGAUUGCCAUUGGGACUACUGCCCCUUUGGUUUUUCUGUUUAACCAACAUUUAUACUCCUUUGCUGCAGAAAACAAGAAAGGAUUUUUGUCAGUAUUGGACAAGAAAGAUGGAUAUUCAUUUCUCUGCCCUUUUGGCUGGCAGGAAGUAGUGAUUGAAGGUCAAGAUAAGGUGUUCAAAGAUGUCAUUGAACCCCUCGAAAGUGUCAGUGUAAAUGUGAUCCCAACUGGAAAAAAAGAUAUUCGAGAAUUUGGACCUCCUGAACAGGUUGCUGAAACUCUAAUAAAAAAAGUUCUGGCUCCUCCAACCCAGAAAACAAAACUAAUUCAGGCAAAAGAGCAAGACGUUGAGGGAAAAGCGUAUUAUCAAUUUGAGUUUGUUGCUCAGGCUCCUAACUAUACUCGCCACGCUCUGAGCACUAUCUCCAUUGGCAACGGGAAGUUUUACACCUUGACCACGGGAGCAAAUGAGAGAAGGUGGGAGAAGAUGAAGGACAGAUUGCAGACAGUCGUAGAGUCCUUCCAAAUUUUCAAUGUCUGAGUUCUAACUUUUCGUUUGUUCUCAUGAUAGAGAUGAUGAACUUUCAUCUGCAAGAAUGCUGCCCAAUUCCAAGUCUACAUUUUUGUUUGGCCAAUUGCCCAUGUUAUAGUAGCUAACAUUUUUUUCAGUCAACUGGGAAGAGUAUAGUAGUCAAUGUUUCAAUAUCCUUUUCUAAAUUUUAUCCCGUCCAAUCUCGCCAUAAUGACUAACGUUCUAGUUCUAUUUAGAAUGUACACUUUUUGGGAGUCAUUAUGCUAUCUUUCUCCAAAUCAAGGUUAAAUUUAACUA